UCUGUUUAGGCAUUUUGAAUAAAAAUACCUGUAUGAAAGGUUUUCACCGGCACUGGUCAUGGUUGGUUGGAGAAGGGAUAUUUCGCUACACAGCAGCCUCGUCUGCAAUGGCGAAUUAGGGCAGGGUGAUUCGUUGGGGGAUGGUCUGACUAUUACCGUGUGGAGUUAUUGGAUACCGGAAAAUGGUGGCAACUGAAGUGAAGAUUCUUCGAGACUGUCUGAGUGAUCGCUUGUGCUAGUCUAAUCUGAAGUAAAGACCGAGGAUCAAUCAAAUUUACCAAAUUCAGAAAUCCGAACCUCAUUGGCAACUUGCGCUUGGACCAUUCGAGUUCAACAUGUAUUACCCCGACGAUGACACGCUCGUGGUUGAGCGGAAGGACGUGGUUGGGACGACAGACGACGACGACAGCGACACCUCAUCACAAACGUCCUCAAGCAGACGCUACAAGGGCUACUGUUCUGGCAGACUCAACCCAGACCUCCUGCUGUGCAAGAUCUUCUACUUUACUUUCUACGGCUCGUACGGCUGUCUGUACCCACUGAUCGCAGUCUACUUCAAGCAGCUUGGGCUGAGCGCGUCUCAGAGUGGCGUCCUGGUCGGCGUCAGACCCUUUGUGGAGUUCUGUGCUGCGCCUAUGUGGGGCGCCGUGGCUGACACCUGGCGCAAGGCCAAAUUUAUCCUGCUGUUCUCCCUGCUGUCCUGGCUUGUCUUUACCGAAGCGGUGGUGUUCAUCCAACCUGCUGAGAGUAAAUGUGUGGUUCUCAACUCUACCGUGAACGCCAAUGCAACACUCGUCAUUAUAAACGCCCUAGAAGACAAGGAAAAAGAAGGGGGCGAACCUGAGGUGAAGAUAACAAAAGUCAAUGUUCAUGAUAAGAAGGGAGUACCUUCCGUGAAAGUUUCCAGCAACAAGACUAAGUCCGAAGACGGUGCGAAGAAGCGCGUUCGCCGUGCUGUCAAUGACACCUCUGGAUCCUCCAAAACAAUUAUUGUUGUACCUAAACCAAACAUAGAGGUCACCAUUUCGAACAGGACAGAAUCAAAGUCGCCUUCCAAUCGACCGGGAAAUGUAACUGUUAUAAAGUACAGACCUGAGGACACUCGCCUGAUAUUCAUCUUUCUCUUACUGCUCAUGAUCCUUGGGGAGUUCUUCAGUUCCCCGACCAUCACAUUGGCAGACUCAGCAACUUUGGGUUACCUGGGACAUCAGCGCAUGGAACUGUACGGUCGUCAGCGAAUGUUCGGCUCCCUGUCUUGGGGGAUCUUCAUGUUUGUAGAAGGAUUCAUCUUAGACCGCACCAAGACAACCACGGUAGAAUGUGACGGACAGGUUACCAGGGAAGAAGAGAACUACUUGGUCUGUUUCGGCACAUACGCGGUCCUGAUAAUCUGUGCCUUCUUUGUUGCGACUCAGUUCCAAUUUAAGUACCGGUCAUUGAGCGAAGUUCUCUCGGGUCGCAAAUCGGACCAGCUUCGUCAGGUACGCGGUAAGGGCUCCUCAGAAGUCAUUGAGUUGGAGAAUGUCAAGAAGACACGUGAGAAGUUCAAGGAUAACUACGAUAAGAUGAGCAGCGCAGGAGACUCUACCAUCACUGAUGACGAGGAGGAGCCAAGAUACUUGGAAGUUCUUGGUCUGUACGCCAACAUCAGGUAUGGUACUGUGCUGUACGUGGUGUGGUUUGCUGGCUUCGGUUUUGGCUUCUUCUUCACGUUCCUCUACUGGCACCUGAAGGAUCUUGGAGGACCUCCUACUCUGUUCGGAGUAGCAUCCAUCAUCAAUCACCUGUCUGAGGUCACGGGGUACUUCUUCAGCGGUUGGUUUUUACAGAAGUUUGGCCACAUCCCAGUGUUGUGCCUGGGUCUGAUGUGCUACGCCAUCCGGUUCAUUGUCGUCUCCUAUCUCGUCAAUCCUUGGUGGGUCCUUGCUGUUGAGACGCUUCAAGGAGUCACUCAUGCCUUGGUGUGGGCAGCCAGUACGUCCUUCAUCGGGUCCGCCACAUCCCAGAAGAACCGUUCCUCCGCGCAAGGCAUUCUGCAGGGUGUCUACCAUGGGCUGGGCCGGGGCUGUGGUGCCAUCUUUGGCGGAGUGAUCAUAAGUGCGUAUGGGUCAACCAUCGCCUUCAGGGCAAUCGGUGUGACCUUCGUCGUCGUCACCCUCAUCUUUGCUAUCAUCCAGUACAUGGAGAGCGACACCAACGACAAGAAGGAGGAUGAGAAAGAACAGAACUACGUGCAGGAUGAUGAAGACGACCCGGAGGACGUUGAAGAAACACAGCUCCUGUCCCAGGACGAGAGCGCCAUCUCGCGGCAGCCAGAAGAGAGUGACGUCAGUCCUGUGGUCAAUGGUGAAGGGGACAUCAAUGGGGACGUUGAUGGUGACCUCACUGAUGACGUCAUUGAUACAAAAGAGGCGGCAGAUCCCGAAGAACAAACUUGACGUCAUGUCAAAUACAAUUUGGAUUUCUACGAACAUUUGUCAUCUCUUUGUUCUACAUGUUCUUCAUAAAUUAGUGCCAAAAGGAGAUUUUAUUUUGUAUUUUCAUGCAUUUUUUGACAGAGUAAAGGUAGGUUUUGGUAAUUACAGGGUAGUUAAAAAAGGUUCAUAAGUUACAAUGGGAAGAAUUGUAUUACAAAAUAACCUUGGCAGUAAAAUAAAAACCACGUGUAAAAUCUAAAUUAACAUUAACAGGUGAAAAAUGGACUUUUAAUUAAAGAUUGCGUGAAAAUGUUUGAUUAUAAAUCAAUGGAAAACACACCUUAGAUAGAACCAAGAAGCUGAUUCGUCAGCAUUCGCCAUCUAGGGGGCCGGAUUUUUAAAAACUUUGCAUAGGUGUUCCUGCGAGUUUAAUGUAGAGGCCUUUUUGGGAAUGAGCCGAUGAUGAUUUUUUAUUUUAAAUAACCGGGAAAAUGUGUCAGUUACGUUUUGACAAGUACAUCGUGAAUUUUUGGAUUUGAUAUUCAAUCGAAAAUAUUUAUUUUAGUGAAUAAUGCAUAUCAAAUGAAUUGUAUAUUACUGACUAAUGAUAUUAGAAUUUCAACUACAUUUAUUCAUUAAUUUAUUACGUGUAAAACUUGGAACGGUCUGAGAUCUCGAUCCCAGAAGAGUCUUUCUCAAAGUUUCCGCUGAAAAAAAAUCAGCUUUUGCGAACUACUGGCCGUCCGGUCAGUUUUUGCAAUUCAAGUAUUUCAGGUCACAUCAUUUGCGAUGCCGAACUUGUACAUGUUUAUUUGACCAUGACCACUGUCUUUUGCGUCAAAAUGACACCUGUCAAUGUUUUAUUUUAAUAUAUUGUGUGUGAGCUCUCGAGUCGUGGGUUGUUAAAGAAACGCAAUGUGUGCGGGAAUUAUAUGUAUAUAAUUUUUUUUUUUUUGAAUAAUAAUCUCGUGGUCAGUGGGUGUUGUUUAAAGGAGACACAAGAUUACUGCAAAUAAACCUCUUUUUAAAGUAAACGACCGUAUCUUAUUUAUUGGGAGCAUUUGAAGAUAUACUUUUUGUAGGGUUCGAAACUAAUAGAGCCAAACGACCGUAUCUUAUUUGUUGGGAGUAUUUAAAGAUAUACUUUUUGUAGGGUUCGAAACUAAUAAAGCAAAGUACGUAAAAGAGCAUUAUUAUCGUACCUACAUUUUUCGCUGCGGUCUAUGGUUCGAACACUACCUGUCCAAAAAGCUUCAUUGCCAUCAAGUCUUAAGCCUUGGUAUUGAAAUAAAAAUUAAAAAUGACUGCA